UUGUAGCUCUAAUGGAGAAUUCAAGUUCUUGUACUAAUAUUGCAUUUUUCUCUUUCCAGAUGUAAAUAAACAACGUGCAAGAAAAACAGGCCACUCGAGCGGAUUAUUGACCUAGUCACGAACGGUCACCGGAACCAUUAUGCCUUAUACAUCCAUCACUAUCUGAGCGGACCUGACCAGCAUUGCGAACGGGAAGCACCGUUAAUUAUGCCAAACUAUUAGCAACCACAAUGAUGGAAGAAGUUACGCCUCGUCCCAGUGUCGAAUACAUCCCUCCUUUACCCCCAAAGGUGAAGCAAAGAGGAUCGACCACUUAUACACAAAUAACUAAUAACGAAGCUACAAUGAAUACAAACGGGUUCACCGCUACCGACGUCCGGAUGGACUCGCUAAGUUCGAUGCACUCACUCGUCCUUAAUUCUAAGACACCAUCUGCAACGGUAUUCGUAGCGGCGACCCAGUCAGAUCGACCCGCGAGUACGCCUAGCACGGACGCUCUCAACGGUCCACACGUGGUCACUAUCAGAAUAAACACCGACGCUGACAAACCUAAAGCACCAAAAAUAUCAAGCGUACAUCUCAAAAGCGACGUUGACUUCGAAUCAUUCAAGUUAAACGACGUUUGCAAGAAAAACAACAGCCUAGUGAGACUCAACGUUGACGAAAAUAGACCGAAAAUUAUAGAAAACGAAGAAAUUCUGAAAACAGAUAAAGCGCCAUACAUUUACUGUAAUUCGUUUGUCAACUCGAUGACCAACAUGGUUAUGUCAAGCGGGCAGUGCUCUCCCAGUGAUACCUUGGACUCCGGAACCUGCAGCGACCUUGACGGCACUCCACCACCUCUACCUAAAAAGAAGACUUCCAAAACUAGUUCAAUAAAGAAAGCAGUAUCUGUAACGCUUAUCAGUUCGAGAAAUGGGAGUAGUCAAAGUGAAGUAGAUUUUGAAGACAACGAUUCAAAUAUAUCAUGCGACUCUCUGAACAGUAGCGAGCUGAACGUAAGCGUGCACGCUGAUGAAAGUCAUAGCGAAUAUAGUAAAAAAGAAAAGAAACAGAGUGCGGAAUCACCCGACGCGCCGGAGACGUUCGCCAAAGCGAACAAUAAAGACACUAGCUUUCUACCGCAGGGUCUGCUGCAAGACAUAAGAGACCGUUCAGCGAAACUAAAUACGGUCGAAACUGAAAGCGAGCCGAAGCCCGAGCCACACGAGGAAGCGAACCAGAAUAUUAAUGAGGAUGCUAAUAUUUCAAAAGAAAGCGCACAACUCACAUCGUUCCGUCUAGUUUCUCAGUUUAAUAACGAGUGUAAGAACACGACGGAGUCGCUGCCCGCAAACUUGUGUUCCAAAACGCCACUGAUUAGUGAGAGCACAUACGAGGAACGAAAGCAACAGGAUAAAAUGAAACAAGAGCAAAUGUUUUACAGCAGCCAUUACUUUGAUACGGACAAGUUUUACGAUUUCCAUUUGAACGAAAAACAAUUCGAUGAUGUGAAAAGUGUUAGUGUUGGUGCUAAAAGUGAAUGUGAAGUGUCUGAAGUGGAAUACUUCGCCGGUGUAAAGGAUUAUAAAAACGAGGAGAUGCCAUCAACAAUAAAAAGUUCGAAAGGAACAAUAAGGGGCGUGAAGAACCGCGUACGGGCGGGCAUAGCAACGUUUUUGCAAAUGCAGAACACGACAAAGAGCUACAAAGAAAAAGAUGCAGGCAAAGUGGUAGUGUACACGACGACGAUGGGCAUCGUCAGGAGUACCUACCAACGUUGUGUCCUUGUGAAGAAGAUCCUCAGGAACUUACUGGUGAAGUACGAAGAACGGGAUGUCUUCAUGAGCACGGAGUACCAGGACGAGAUCCGGGACAGGAUGAGGAGCGAGCAGAUCUUAGUCCCGCAGCUGUUCCUUGAUGGACAGCAUAUUGGGGACGCUGAUACUGUCGAAAAGCUGAACGAAAGUGGAGAACUGAGGAAGAUGCUGAAACCUUACAAGAGUCCAGACGCCUGCAACACCUGCCAAAUGUGUGGUGGAUUCCGUCUCCUGCCCUGCAGGAUCUGCAAUGGAUCCAAGAAAAGCCUUCACAGGAACCAUUUUACUGCAGAAUUCGUGGCGCUGAAGUGUAUGAAUUGUGAUGAAGUAGGCCUAGUCAGGUGUGAGGCCUGUUGCUAAACAUAUACAAAUUCGAGCUUAGAAAAAAUAUGAGUUACAAUUAAGGACAGAAAUAGUUGGAAAUAUGAAAUUUAGAAUGAGAUACUGUUUUAUUUUCGAGAUAAAUUGAUAUCUACUGUAAAUUUUUAC